CCUCUGCCCCCACACACUACUCCGACAUAUUCUCUCACGACACACACUGCUCUAGGGACACUACUGACUACUGUUCAGAGACAUGUCUUUCCUCUCAGGCAUUUUGGGCAACUCAGCAGACAAAUAUGUGGACCAGGCAGUGGAUACGGCAGCUAAAGCUGCCAAAGUGAAGGUGAAGACCAUGCUUGAUUCAAAGAAGAAGGAGUCCAGCGGGGGAACCAGUGGCAAAGAGAAGGUGAAGCCCAUGGUUGGAGGAGAUGAUUCAAAGAAGGAGUCCAACGGGGGAAGCAGUGGAGGUAUCGGAGGUAUCGGAGGUAUUGGAGGAUUAGAUGGCAACAAGGGCAAAGAGGGAGGAGGCAUCGGAAGUCUCGUAUCUGGCAAGGAUAAGACAGAGUCAAGUAGCGGAGGAGGUGACAAAGACCUGACAGACCUACUGGGAGACAUUGCAGGAGAUAUGUCUGGCGAGAAAGAUAACAAAUAGAAGGACAACAGCAACGCAGACCAAGAAGUGCUGUCAUUUGGGAAAGGUCUCUUCGGCUGAGUUAGACUUUGAAGCCGUUUCUCUUUCUCUCCAUGUCGAUCGUCCCGCUCUGGCCUGCUUACCAUCUGUCUACGUGUAUUUUCCUAACUAGCGUGUAUUUUCCUAACUAGCAAUGUUGUCUCAAUGAUGCCCCUGCUCACCAGCGGCAAUUCACUGAUAUACAUAUCCCCUAUGGAUCUGAAGCUAGGAAUGAGCCUAUUCAGGUAACAGAUCAAUCAAUCUGACAUACCUAUGGUUAUAGCCUUUGAAGAAUAUUACUGACAUUACCCUAUACUGCAUUGUGUAAUGUUAAUGUUUUAUAUUUGACAAGUAAUUAAAACUAUUUAUUCCGAAA